AUGAAGAUUUGCGUGACAACCGCUCUUUCAAUUGCGCUCCUUCUAGGUAACUCUGUCAAGCUUCGAGCUUCCGUUACUGAGCCAGUUCCCUCGGACGGUGAUGGUCCUGCGUCUCAGGUAUGUCAGCAGUGCUGCCAGGGACCUGCUGCCAUACCCGGCAUACCAGGUCUGCCUGGACCAGCAGGACCGAUGGGGCCGCACGGUGAGCCGGGGUCAAAGGGCGUUGCAGGUCAGCAAGGUCAAAAGGGUGAGAUUGGCCCUAUUGGCCCUAUGGGUGAGCGGGGAGCACUGGGGAACAAUGGGUCUAAAGGUUACGAUGGGAUUGGCCUACCUGGAAAGAUAGGUCCGAGAGGUCCCCCUGGUUUAGUUGGAACAACCGGGGAAACUGGUUUCAAAGGUCAGAAGGGUGAGCCAGGGGAGACACCAGACGACUCCAACCAGCGGGUGGCAUUCACCGUGGUUAGGACGAGCCCUUCGGAUACCUCUACGAGUCACGACACCCGUUUACCAUUUCAGGAGACCGAGGCGCUUUUGCCGGGUACCAGCUUCGAUCUCGAGACUGGCAUAUUUACCUGUACUGUGCCGGGCACCUACGUGUUCAUGUUUUCUAUGUGCAAACUUUAUGACAAGGGCAUUGCAUACAUUCAUCUUCGAAAAAAUAACGACUGGGUUGCCUCUGGCCUAAGCUAUGAUACAAAUCACCAUGAGCAAAUGUCUGGAAGCGCGGUGUUGGUUCUGCAGCGAGCAGACACGGUGUAUCUGACUAUAUAUGGUAGAGCGCAUAGUGAAUCCACCCAUCACUACACCUCAUUCAGUGGCUUCCUUGUUUACCCCGAAUAA